GUGGAUUGAGAAAGAGAGAGAGAAAUUCGACCGGAGAUCCACUUCCCAUCCACCACAGUCGCUGACGAAACGCAACGCAAAACCUUCCUCUCUCUGCUCUCAAUCACAAUUUCAUUUCAGGUACUCUUCUAUAUCUGAUGCCGAACCCGAACCCGUGCCUUCAAUUUCUCAAUUCAAUAAGGUGUUGAAUUAGGUUUAGGACAAUAAGGUAUUGUGACCAAAAACUAGAUCGCAAACCGCAACAAUGAAAGGGCGAUCUCACCGCCCUCAGAGUUCGGACCCACCGGACGAAUGGGUCGACGGUACCUGGACCGUGGACUGCAUCUGCGGCGUCAACUUCGACGACGGCGAAGAGAUGGUGAAAUGCGACGAGUGCGGCGUGUGGGUGCACACGCGCUGCUCUCGUUAUGUUAAGGGGGACGACACCUUCGUCUGCGACAAAUGCAAGAGCAAGAACAACCGAGUUGAGAAUAACACCGAGGAAACUGAGGUUGCCCAAUUGUUAAUCGAGCUCCCCACAAAGACUAUGUCUUUGGAGAAUAGCAAUUCUCUUGCAUCGAAAGUUGCAUCUCAUUCGCGCCGCCCUUUCAAGCUUUGGACUGAUAUACCCAUGGAGGAGAGGGUUCACGUUCAAGGAAUCCCCGGUGGUGAUCCUUCUCUCUUUGCCGGCAAGAGCGUUUCCUCGAUUUUCAGUCCACACUUAUGGAAAUGCACUGGUUAUGUUCCCAAGAAGUUUAAUUUUCAGUAUAGGGAGUUUCCUUCUUGGGAUGAGAAUGAGAAUGCACAAGAUAAUGAUAAUGGGGCUGGGGUUUUGUUCUCUUUCUCGAAAGAGACUACUACUGUCUUGGCUUCCCCUGUUGCGGCUUUGGUUGACAUGAGAUCCAGGGAUGGCGAUGACAGCAAGACGUCUUUCAAGGACAUGAGCAAUUUAGGCAGUGGCAGUGAAGAUACACCGUAUGCCCACAAUUCCAUUAAGAAGGAGAGGAGUUUGCUGAGGCCUCUUGUUGUUCAUAGCAGUAAGGGAAGGAAAGAGGACUUCGGGACUUCCAAUUCCAAAGACAGGAGUGGGAAGAAGCGGGUUAAGACUCCUGAUAAAGAGGUAGAUCUCAAGAGGAGAAGUUCACAUUCUUCUAAAACAGCGUUUACACCCACCAGUGAUGCAAAACAAUUGGAAUUUUAUGAAGACAGAGGUCCGAAGAUUUUCAAGGCUGGCAAUCGGAGCAUAAGGAAUAAAAACUUAAAAGACAUUGUGGUUCAGGAAUAUAGUUUGAAUGAUUAUUUUGCUGUGGAUACCAUCGUGGAAGAGCCAAAUAACAACUUGACAGCUACUGAGGAUUCUUCAGAAGCCUUUUAUCCUGACACAACAAGACAUAGUCUUUCUGUUGGAGAUGUAUUAGCAGGAGAAAAGACUGGCCAUAAAGAUCCUAGUUUGGUUGAGAUGUCUUCUAAGACUGAUGAUGCUGUUACAUCAGUUUUAAAGCAUAAUUAUGUUGGAAAUACUUCAGUUGAAGAAAAGGACGGAGAUUGCUUGGCAGCUGAUAAUGCAGAUGAUACUUUAGUAGUAAGAAGCACUGUGAGUCCUAACAUAGAAGAUCAUUGUGGUUCUGCACCCGAACUUGUGGAGAACCAAGUUUCUCAAGAUUUUGACUGUAACCUGCGUCCUAGCCCUGCAAAAUGCAAAGUUAAGGUGAAUAGAGAAGAAGAUGAUGAUAGUUUUAGGAAGAUCUUGAAUUUUCAUUCUUCUCCUAUAAGUGAUCUUAAAAAUAAUGAAAAACCAUGUGAUCACACUUCUGAUAUUGUUAAAGUGAAUGAUGCUGUAUUUCCCAGUUUACCAUCAUCUGAAAAUAAGGUGGGAGAUAUUGACAUAUUGUCAGAAGUAGUUGCUGAUGAUCUUACCAAUAAACCUGAUGAAUUAUCUGGUGAUUUUUGUCAUGGAAAACAAGAACUGGAGGGGUCUGAAGGUUCAUUGGAAACACAAAAGGGUUUUUCAGAAACAAAAGAUGGUUCGGAUUCUGCUAAAGAUCCAUCAAAAAUUGAAGCACUUGGAUGUCCACACACGUCAACCAUGAAAUCCAGAUCAUUGGCUCAUGACUUUAAAUCUGAAGAUACUGAAAUCCCCAAUUCUUUUAUAAAACAUGGAGCGAUGGAUAAUUGUAACAUCCACAUAAAGAAUGAAAGUUGUUCGAGUGAUGCUGCAAGGGAUGAAAUUCCAAGGAAGCCUGUAAGAGAGCGACAAAAAUCCUCUUUAAAUUCUAAUUCAAAAGGAUUGCAUUCAAGCAGGAGUACGCAAAAUUCUGUUUCAAAGCAAGUAAAUUCAGAUGCGAGAGAUUCUGUUCAUUGUUCAUCUUCUAAGCCAUCUCUGAUACAUAGUGAGGUUAAUGCAUCAUUGCACCAUCAAAAGGCUUUACCAGUGCAGAAUAAGAUUUCAUCUUCAGUUCCACAGAAAGUUGAAAAGCUUAACCAAACAAACGUCCUUUCUUCCUCUAAGUUGAACCAGAGUCACGUGCUAUCAAUGAAUCCUUCUCCAACUUCAAAUUCUUCAAUGCUGAGUGAUGAAGAGCUUGCUUUGCUAUUGCAUCAAGAACUGAAUAGUUCGCCCCGUGUACCUCGUGUACCCCGAGCACGCCAUGCAGGUAGUUUGCCACAGUUGACUUCUACUAGUGCUACAAGCAUGCUAAUGAAGCGAACAUCAUCGGUUGGAGGAAAAGAUCAUUAUUUGGGAUCUAGACGAAAAUCCAAGGAUGCAUCUAGAGAUGGGUUUUGUAGUCCUCGAGAACUUGAAGAUGAAGCUAAAAGGACAGAGAAGGAGAAGGGUUCAUCUUCGUCUGAUCAAAGGAAACAAGAUAUGGCAUAUGUGGAAGAUGCAUCUGUAAAGGAAGAAGGCCUUGCAUCUAUGACAGCUGUAAACUCUAUCACUGACAAUGUUGUUUCUGCCGCCUCUGCGAUUGCAAACAUUAGUCCACCCUCCCCUCCUGACGAUCAGAAUUUAUCUGAUGAUGAUACUGCAACUGCUGGAAGGCCAGUUCACCGUACCUUACCUGGCUUGAUUAAUGAUAUUAUGAGCAAAGGCAAGCGUAUGACAUAUGAGGAACUCUGUAAUGCUGUGCUACCGCACUGGCAGAACUUGAGGAAGCAUAAUGGAGAGCGUUAUGCAUACACAAGUCACUCUCAGGCUGUUCUUGAUUGCUUGAGGAACCGACAUGAAUGGGCAAGGUUGGUUGAUCGUGGUCCAAAGACAAAUUCUAAUAGGAAAAGGCGUAAGCUGGAUGCUGAAGAAUCUGAUGAUAACGGAUAUGGCAAGGGAAGAACUGCAAAGGAGGUUGAAGGGAAGAACUUUGAGCUGCAAAAAGAAGAGUUCCCUAAAGGCAAGCGUAAAGCUCGAAAACGCAGGCGCCUGGCUCUUCAGGGAAGAGCAGUAAAGGAUGUCAGGAGGAAACAAAAAGCUGACUCGCUAACCGAGGAGGAUGUCGGUCAAUUCUCCAAUUCCAGUGAAGAGAGCAUGUUUAGUGAGGAUGAAAUUCAGGUUGGCAGAAUAUGUCCAGCAGGAAGUACAUCAGAUGAGGCAGGUAGUGCCUGAUUUUCAAGUGGCUAAAUAUCUCAACAGGUUUUUUGCAAGAAUAUAAACUUCUUGGCUUGCAGUCAAUCUUCACCGUGCUGUCUUUGUGACCUUGUCUAGUGGGGGAUGGAUUACUGGUGAUUGGUGUGAUGUAACAUUGUAUCAAUAGUGUAAAUAUUUUAGGUAGUAUGGUGUGCCUUUUUCAUGCAUGAGGCAUAACUGAGUAGGUUAUGUAGAAUUUGUAAGUGACUCUGGAUUCAGUUAGAGAGCAAAAAGGAAUUUGCAAUUGCAUUUAAUUAGGAAACCCUAGUUUAGUAACUACCCUUAGCCACUGGGAGCCGGGGAUUACACUAUAGGAUAAUUACUGAUUGGCAGCUGUUAUUGAUUGAUGAUUGUAAUGGUUCUUGUUGUAUAUUAUUUAGGCUUGCCAUUUCUCAAUCUUGUGAUUUCCCAAGUCUGCUUUUAAAAAUGUGAUCCAGGAUU